GUCUGUCAAUUUGGUUAAGUAGCGCCCUCUGUUAUGCAGGUCAAUUUGUUUUUGAAGGUUUCUCACCACAAAUAUUAAAAUUAGCAUAAAAACAUUGAUAAAAGCAGAGUGAGUAAAAAUAAUACGUCGCAGUUGAAGGUCGACGCGUUUGACUACGUGUUUUUGUUUACAUUGCAACAUAUUGCUCCAAGAUGUCAAGCCCUAGCAAGAGCGAAUGUGAAUUAAAAGCCGGCCAUCCCCCUGCAGUCAAAGCUGGAGGGAUGAGAAUCACGCAACACAAAACCAGAAAGGAUUCUGGAGGUCUCACUGAGGACACCACUGGAAUCACAAUUUCCGGAAGCCCCCCUAAGACAACCACCAUUUCUGGGGCUGUUCCCAAAGGACAUGCUGACUUCCCUGCUGAAGCAGUACAAAGUUUUCACAAGGAAAAGCCUCCAAAUAAUGUUCCCAGCAAGCCAAUGAACCACAUCCAACAGCCAAGGAAAUAGGGUUUUCUUGGAAAUUUUGCAACCCAAUAAGUUUGCUAUAUUUUUACAUUUCUACUAUAGGAAGAAAAUGUUUCUAAUAUUUUUAUCGUGGUUUUGGGAUAGUUAUUAUUGAUAUAAUUUAGAUUAAAACAUUGUUCUAAUUACUUCUGUUUAAUAGAAUUUUUCGAAAAUUA